AUGAUUUUAGUCCUAACAAACUUGCUUCUUCUCUUUGUAGUUCUUGUUUCAUGCAAUGGAGAAGAUAAAAAAAUAUAUUUGGUUCUAUUGGAGGGUGAUCCUGUUGCAUUUCAUCAGCUUAAAACAUUUUCAGAACAAGGGAACAAGCUUGAUGCAAAUAGGGAAGAAUCGAAGGCUUAUGCAAACGAGUUGACAAAAUCCCAUGAUGAAUUUCUGCAAAGUUAUUUGGAGACAGGGAGCUAUGACAAGAUUUACAGCUUCAAACACAUCGUAAAUGGCGUUGCAGUCCACACUACUCCAUCUCAGAUUCAAAAGUUGAAGAAUGCCCCAAGAGUGAAGUUGUUGGAGGAAGACAGGAGGUUUAAACAGAUGACUACUUACACUCCACAAUUUUUGGGGAUACCUGCAGUAUGGACACAAGAAGGAGGAGAGAGAAAUGCCGGUGAAGGAAUUGUGAUCGGUUUUAUUGAUUCAGGCAUUAACCCAGAGCACCCCAGCUUUGCGUAUGAUCCGACAAUAAAUAAUUCUUUUACUGAUAGCUUUUCUGGAGCUUGUGAGGAAGGUCCUUUAUUUCCCCAGACUUCCUGCAAUGGUAAAAUAGUAUCUGCGAGGUAUUUCUCAGCUGGAGCACAAACUACUACAGCACUUAAUGACUCCAUGGAUAUUCUCUCACCCUUUGAUGCUGUUGGACAUGGCAGUCAUGUAGCUUCAACUGCGGCUGGAAAUUUUGGAGUUCCGGUAGUGGUGAAUGGCUUGUAUUAUGGACGAGCAACUGGAAUGGCACCACGGGCAAGGAUUGCAGUGUAUAAAGCUAUUUAUCCAAGCAUAGCAACUCUUUCAGAUGUAUUAGCGGCAAUUGAUCAAGCAGUAUUAGAUGGAGUAGAUAUCUUGACUCUGUCAGUAGGACCAGAAGAACCACCCGAAGAUACACUAACUUUGUUGAGCCUAUUUGAGAUUUUUAUGUUAGCUGCACACAAGGCUGGAGCGCUUGUUGUUCAAGCAGCUGGGAAUGGGGGUCCUUCUCCUUACACUGUCAUCUCUUAUAGUCCAUGGGCAGUGGGUGUUGCUGCUUGUGACACUGAUAGAACCUAUCCUGCUACUCUUAUCCUUGGUAACGGUCUCAAAAUUGGAGGUGUAGGAUUAUCAGGAGCUACAGUAGGAGAUCAAUUGAUGAUUCAGUAUAAUAAGUUGGUUUUGGCUAAGGAUGCGAUUAAGAUAAAUACCACAUUGCCAAGAAUAGCCAAUAAUGCCGAGGAAUGCCAAUACCCAGAGGCAUUUGACCCUCUUGUUGUGCAAGGCAGUGUUGUGAUUUGCACAUUUUCAACUGGUUUCUAUAAUGGGACUUCUACUCUUACAGCCAUCAUACAGACAGCCAACCUUCUACGAUUCAGAGCAUUUGUUUUUGUUGCAAAUCCAACUUAUGGAGAUUUCAUAGCCGAGCCUAUUCCUUUCGCUAUUCCUGCCAUAAUAAUACCAGCAACUAAUGAUACACAGAAUAUAUUGCAGUACUAUGAAAGAGAAACUGUAAGGGACACAAACGGGUUAGUGGUAAGAUAUGGUGGUAGAGCAGCAAUAAGUGAAGGAAGAAAUGCUUCUUACAAGGGUAGAGCUCCUAUUGUUAGUAGAUUUUCUUCAAGGGGCCCUGAUUACAUUGAUGAAAGUAAAAAUCCUACUGAUGUUCUUAAGCCUGAUAUUUUGGCUCCUGGACACCAAAUUUGGGCAGCUUGGAGUCCCAUCAGUGUUUCAGAUCCCAUUCUAUCUGGACAUAAUUUUGCUCUAAUGUCUGGUACAAGCAUGGCAACACCGCAUAUUGCUGGCGUAGCUGCAAUAAUAAAGCAAUACAAUCCAUCGUGGACACCAUCAAUGAUAGCUUCAGCAAUAUCAACCACAGCCAGCACCUAUGAUAAUCUUGGAGAGCCCAUAAUGGCGCAUGGAUUUGAUCUCUACAGCUUGCACACUUCUGCACCUUUUGGUUUUGGUGCUGGCCUUGUCAAUCCCUCCCGUGCUCUCCAUCCUGGUCUCGUCUUUUCAGCAGGGUACGAGGAUUACAUCAGUUUCCUCUGUUCUCUACCAAACAUUGAUUCUACCAUGGUCAAAACUGCAACAGGAGGAAUUUGUGGUCAGUUAUUCGAAAAUCCAUCAGACCUAAAUUUGCCUUCGAUUACAAUAACAUCCCUUAAUGGAUCACGAAUAGUACAUCGGACAGUCACGAAUGUUGCAAGAAAAACAGAGACAUAUCUAAGUGCAGUGUUGCCACCAAAAGGAGUGACGGUUAAUAUUGAGCCGUCAUGGUUUAGAAUAGCUCCACAUGGAACCCAAGAUUUGCACAUUUCGUUCAAUGUCACUCAGGCUCUUGAUGACUUCACUUUUGGUGAAAUUGUUCUAACUGGAUCUUUAAAUCACGUCGUGAAGAUGCCACUAUCAAUUUUUCCUAUAUCUACAACGUGAUAUAAUAAAAGGUAAUGUAGUAAAAUACAUUAUUAGGUACACUUUUUAUCUUGUGUCAAGUACGUACCUUCAUAGCUUGGCUCUGACUGUCACAUAAUUGUAUGAAAAAUGGACCUAACAUUACCUGUAUACUUUGAAAAUGACACAGUAACUUAUAUUAGGUUUUUCUAUUACUAGUAUUUUCAAAUUAUGA